UAGUUUAUCUGAAGAUACCACAAGAUGUAAACUUUGUUUACACAAAGCAUAAGUAUAUAUGUUUUCAGAAAAUCUAAAAUGUUUAUACUAAGCCAGAAAGAAACGCCAAUAUACGUGUCUCUGUCCUCUCUCUCUCUCACUUUUCCCCAAGCGGCGAAAACGUCAGUUAAACGUCAUUUUCUUGGGUUUUUAAUUAGAGAAAGAAAGAAGGAAACUGAGAAAUUUCCACAGACGUUGCUGGUGUGUGGUGGAAAAAGGAUGGUGAAAAUGAGAUUACUGCGCUAUAAUGUAUAAAAUCUUUGAAUAAGCUAAGUGUGCACUUAUUAAGUUGAGUGAAAGAGUGUAAGUUGGCUUCUUAAGUUUUGAUUUUGCUUGUUUUUUUAGUUGUAUAACAUAGAAGAAAUGAGUGAGUUUUAAGGUAAGGUUAGACGUUUUGUUUUCGUGUUCGGUGCACUCGUCAGUGUCGACAUAAACUUAACCAACCUGGCUCCUGUUGUUAACGUCGUACAAACGCAGUUAAAAACGUUUAGGCUUAAGAAUUAACUGUAGCAGAUUGCCAAUCGUAACAUCGUGGACGUUCUCGAUGCUUUUUACAAGAGACUGACUUUAAGAUGUAUGUUACGCCACAGUCCAUGUCCUAAUUUUUUUUAUAUUAAAUUUCAGACGAUACGGCUGUUGCAUUGGUAUAAACCUGUUUCCGUUGUGCCCUGUAAUUUGUAAAUUUAGUGUACAUCAUAGUAAACGAGUAAUUAUAAAACUAGACUAUGCUAUUGUUAGGUACCACCUUAUACUACUAAAUUAAUAAUUACCCUCAUAUUGAAAUUUCUGUGUAAAAAAAUAAAUAAUUGAGGGACUCCCUUAAUUUCGAUCUAUCAAAGGUUUUAUGCAGAACUUUGUGAAAAACUGAAGUUUGUCGUUUGAAAUUGGAAGUUGAUACUGAGUUUUUGGUAGGCGUAGACCACCUGGUUUUCAUUGGAUGUGACCACGAGUGUUACUUAGGACAAUCAGGUUAUAUACUAAAAAAAAAUAGAACCUAACCCUUUUCUUAGAAGCUUCAGUCAUUAACUUUGAAGACUACUGUCAUCAUGGGAAUUCUGUUGGCCAAGUUGUGGAGUUUAUUUGGGAACGAAGAACACAAAAUUGUCAUUGUAGGCCUUGAUAACGCAGGGAAAACAACAAUUCUGUAUCAGUUUUUAAUGAAAGAGGUCGUACAUACUUCUCCAACAAUUGGAAGUAAUGUAGAAGAAGUUGUGUGGAAAAAUGUCCACUUCAUCAUGUGGGACUUGGGAGGUCAGGAAUCACUUCGAGCUGCAUGGAAUACCUAUUACAGCCAUGCAGAG